AUGUCUCCUGUACAAGAAAAUACAAUUCCCUUGUUACUAAAUAAUAAGGAUGUUGUAGUUCAAGCUCUCACUGGUUCAGGAAAAACUCUUGCUUUCAUUAUUCCAAUAUUUCAAUAUAUUAUCGCAAGGCAAUUCGAAGGAAAAAUACCUAGUAUGGAAGAAAUGAUGCCAAGAAGAAAGAAUGUCUAUUCAAUUGUGUUAUUACCAACAAGAGAGUUGGCAAGACAGGUUUAUGAUGUUGCUUGUAAAUUUGCGCCAAAAACUAAUCUCAAUGUCAAGUUGUUCAUAGGAGGAGAAGAAAGAGAAACUCUGCAACCUGCCACUGGUUUUGAUUCCUCAGAAAAGUCAGGUUUAAACGCAAGUGAAAAUUUAUUUCUGGAUUGUAAUAUUGCCAUUGGAACUCCAGGUAGAAUUUUGGAUUAUUUAAACUCUAAACUAUUGAAAGUGAGGUGUUUGGAAAUUUUAAUUAUUGAUGAAGCUGAUAUUAUUUUAAAUAUGGGAUUUAGACAACAGGUUGACCAAAUUUUGUCACAUCUUCCAAAACAAAGAAGAACAGGUCUAUUUAGUGCAACUCAAACAAGCGAAUUAGAUGACUUGGUUAGAUCUGGAUUAAGAAAUCCAAUGAAAGUUGCCGCAAGUGAACAUGCUGAAAAUAAGAAAAAGGCAACAGUCCCUUCACAGCUUGCAAACUUUUACAUGUAUUGCGAUUAUAGACAAAAACUGAAUUAUUUGAUACAUCUUAUUAAGAAUGAUGAUCCUAUACCGAGUGGUAAUUCUGUAAUUGUUUAUUUUUUGACAUGUGCUGCUGUUGAUUUUUUUUCCAAAUUGUUAAAAGAAGUGUUAGGGAAAAACGAAGAAACUAUUCAAUUAUUUUCUCUUCAUGGCCAGAUGGUACAAAAGAGAAGAAAUGCAGAACAUCAAUCAUUCAAGGAGGCCUGUGAGAAUAUUGCCAAACAACUCGAUCAAUCAGUCGUAUCAAAGAAAGCAGUCUUGUUUUGUACAGAUGUUGCUGCCAGAGGUUUGGAUUUCCCAAAUAUUGCUACCAUUGUACAAUUUGAUGCUCCUACUAAUCCAGAUCAAUUUGUGCAUCGUGUUGGAAGAACAGCUAGAAUGGGUAAAGAGGGUCAAUCCUUACUCUUCUUGUCUAAGCCAGAGCAUGACUAUAUUGAUUAUUUGACAUUCAAAAAGAUUAGUAUGCACGAAUUGGAACCAACAGAUGAAAUGAAAAAGACCAAUUAUGUGAAUAAGGAUGUUCUCAAAAAGAUUAUCAAAAGUGAUCGAGAUGUCUUUGAAAAAGGUGAGGAGGCACUCAAGAGCUUUGUUAGAUCUUACAAGGAACACCAGUGUUCAUAUAUUUUCAAGUUUGCCAAAUUGAGAUUUGAUCAAUUAUUAGAAGCCUACUGUAUUUUGACAAAGCCAACCAUUAGAGAGAUUAAACAACAAAUGGAAUCAAUCAAAUUACCUUUUGAAGAUAUUGAUAUUAAUUCUAUUCCAUACAAAGAUGCUAGAAGAGAAAAGGCAAGAAAAGAAAGACUGAAAAAACAAGAAGAGAAUGAAAAGAUUUGGGAAGAAAAAAGACUUCAAAAAAUUGCAGAAAAGAAAGAAGAGAAGAAAAGUUCAGUUAACUAUCUAAAAGACAAAGUUAGAAAUCGAUCAGAUAUUUCAACCCAUGAAAAGAAACGACUGUAUAAUCAAUUAGAAAAUCAACAAUUCAAUGAUGAAGCUCUAUUACUGAAAAGAUUAAAGAGAGGAAAAAUUAGUGAAGAAGAAUAUGAACGUUUAUCAGGUGAAUCUAAAUUGGAAGGAGAAAUAAUGAAAAAGCUUUCAGAAAGAAAGAGAAAACAACUUCAAAAGAGAAAAUAA